CGACGUACCUGGGAGGAAACAAAUCCCUUUUGCCAGGACCCCGUCGAAUCCUGGACCGUAAUUAACAUCAACAAGCCUCACGAAGAAGCACCCAGCGUCGCCUCGACCUCUCGAAAUAGACCCUGACAUCGCCAGGACAAGGGUCAGUGUCGCGUGGGACAAACGAGCGGCAGGACUCGCGAUUGACUCCCCGCCCUGCUCGGCGACCUGCUCCCAUCCUGUGCUGCUGCAAUGUCAGUCGCAGCAAGACGCCUAGGCGUGCUGGGAUGGCGCGUCGCUGGCGUCUCACCUGUGCAGCGUACACCGCGAUCGCAAUCCUCGAUACCACACAGAUUUCCAGUGCGGACCAGGUGGAAAAGUACCUUUGCGCCGCGACAUGGCAAAGCAGUCGAGCCACCCCCUUCCGACGAAGCUCUUCCGACAGAAGAGACAGCGCCUUCUGAACAGCAGAAGCAGCAGAAAGAACCAAACAAGCAGCCACAGACCGAACAGAAACCCUCGCCGGAACAACGACCGCCCAUGACGAAGAGUGUAGUCGCGACAGAGGAUCCGGGGACGGCAGACAACACAGCAGAAGAUCGGAAACGGGCGGCUGCGCGCAACGGCGCCAAACCGCACGGCGUAUCGGACGACGUACCAUCGGCCGAUGCGCAGAGGGAAACAGAACGCGACAUUAAAAGCACAAGCCCGCUGGACGAGGUGCUGCACGUGGAGCCUCCCCGGAAGGCCGCAAAACAGCACCCGGCCAUGUCACCGCCGCCCUACGUACAUCACUUCGACACGUGGUCGCUGGUGAAUCAGCUACAGGACGGCGGGUUCACAAAGGGCCAGGCUAUCGAGGCCAUGAAGGGCGUCAGGGGCCUGUUGGCCCAGAAUCUCUCUGUUGCGCAGGACAGCCUUGUGAGCAAGAGUGAUGUCGAGAACGAAUCAUAUCUCUUCAGGGCUGCGUGUUCCGAACUCGGCCAGGAGAUCAGGAACAACCGCCGACUGCAGGAUGAGCAGAUCCGUCAACAGAGGACGCAUUUGCAGCACGAAGUCGAUAUCCUCACGCAGUCGCUCAACCAGGAGGCCUCGACGCUCAACGACAAUGUGCGGGGCAUGUUCAACGAUCGGAAGAUGGCCGUGCGCGAGGAGCAGAAGAAUGCGGAGAGCGCGGUCCAGCAGAUCAACUACAAGAUCAGCACCAGUCUCGGCAGCGACAGCAAGUCCGAAAUCGAGGGCGUGCGCUGGAUCCUCAUCCGACGAUCGGCCAUGGGCAUCUUUUUCAUGGCCAUGCUCACGCUCGCUACGGUGCGGUAUGCGACAUAUGUCUCCAAUGAGCGGAACAAGGAAGCUCAUCGACGCAAAGAAGAGCAGCAGUUGCUCAGGAGAGAGGCGGGGAAGAGAGACCAUACGUCCGCGGCCGACGCUGCGGCCAUCUUGGCGGCGAAUUGAAGGCGCAAUCUUCAUGGGGUACAUAAUUUAAACCAACUUAGACUACAGUGCAAACGGGCGCCCAGCGAGCAAGCCUCUUCUUUGUCGAUGCUUGUAUUACCACUGAAUUAAAAUUAUUGAGGCCGUG